CACAGGCGAGCCCUGGAAAAGGCUCUAUGCUCAGAAAAGGACGAGAAGCAAAGACGCCAGCAGGCUGUGUCUGCCGUGGUGUAUUCUUCCUUCCACCUCUUCCGAGCCUAGGACAGUGUGUGGAAUAGAGUAGGCAUGUAAUUGACAUUUGUUGAAAAUUUAGUUGUAAUUUGUCAAAUGUCCUUAACAUACACAAGUUACAGCGAGUGUUUCUGUGCCCAGCAGUGAAUGCCAGGCUGCGGGGCCUGCUCACCCCCUUCCUUGGGGGCCCACCGGAUGAAGAGGGGCCCAAACAUGCACAGGCACUUUCUGUCUCCAAAGACAAGCACGGCUAUGUCAGAUGGAGGCCCCCAACCCAAGAACUGCCAUGACAGAGUCUUUUGUGAAGACCUUAGUGUAAUUUCUGAUGCUGCUCCCCGUGCUGGGCAACAGCUGUGGUCUCAACUGACAGAGAAAUCAACAUGGCUUCUGUUUCCUUGAGGCUCAAAAGUGUUUUUCAGACUAAGAAUGGUGAUUUCAUUCCCUGGGUUACUGGAGUUAUCAUUUUGGAACUAUAAGGAGAAAAGAGAUUUGUUCACAGUCUCAGGAGUGACCUCUGACAAUCAAAUGCACCCCUGCCUCAAGCUACCUACCCGUUCCAGCUCAAGCCCCCACCAGGCCCUCACCCACUUCGAGGCUCCAAAGACAGUCACACACUCAGCCUCUGUGACGCUACGGGCUGGGGACACACUGGAAUAUUCACAGCCCGGGUGGCAGCAGCGGCAGCCAGACAAGCAGCCCACCACACAAGGGACCCCUCAGGAAUGAAGUGGCCUUUCAGGGCCAGAGGGGCUGCGGCCUCCCUUCCUCCCCUUAAAUAGCCAGCCUCAUACCCACAGCUCCUCGGAACCCACCACCGGCGCCGCCACCUACGGGGCAGCUCACCUGCCACCUCUUCCUCCUGGACCUGGUGUGAGGCUUGUUCCCAGGCUCUGCCUCCAGCCAAAGCAUGGAUGGCCCCGAGGUGGCCUCCCCAGCUUUGAUGGCCAACUCCUCCCUGGUCACCACAGAGCAAUGCAGCCGGGAGACGCCGCUGGAGAACAUGCUGUUCGCUUCCUUCUACCUUCUGGAUUUCAUCCUGGCUUUUGUUGGCAACACCCUGGCCCUGUGGCUUUUCAUCCAGGACCACAAGUCAGGCACCCCAGCCAACGUGUUCCUGAUGCACCUGGCCGUGGCUGACCUGUCCUGUGUGCUGGUCCUGCCCACCCGCCUGGUCUACCACUUCUCUGGGAACCACUGGCCAUUUGGGGAAAUCCCGUGCCGGCUCACAGGCUUCCUCUUCUACCUCAACAUGUACGCCAGCAUCUACUUCCUCACCUGCAUCAGCGCUGACCGCUUCCUGGCCAUCGUGCACCCGGUCAAGUCCCUCAAGCUCCGCAGGCCCCUCUAUGCCCACUUGGCCUGCGCCUUCCUGUGGGUGGUGGUAGCCGUGGCCAUGGCCCCCCUGCUGGUGAGCCCACAAACCGUGCAGACCAACCACACGGUCAUCUGCCUACAGCUGUACCGGGAGAAGGCCUCCCACCAUGCCCUGGUGUCACUGGCCGUGGCCUUCACCUUCCCCUUUGUCACCACGGUCACCUGCUAUCUGCUCAUCAUUCGCAGCCUGCGGCAGGGCCCCCGCGUGGAGAAGCGCCUCAAGAACAAGGCUGUACGCAUGAUCGCCAUGGUGCUGGCCAUCUUCCUGGUCUGCUUCGUGCCCUAUCAUGUGAACCGCUCCGUCUACGUGCUGCACUACCGUGGCAGUGGCACCUCCUGCUCCACACAGCGCGCCCUGGCCCUGGGAAACCGCAUCACCUCCUGCCUCACCAGCCUCAACGGGGCCCUCGACCCCAUCAUGUACUUCUUUGUGGCAGAGAAGUUCCGCCAUGCCCUGUGCAACUUGCUCUGCGGGAAAAGGCUCUCUGGCCCUCCCCCUAGCUUCGAAGGGAAGACCAAUGAGAGCUCGCUGAGUGCCAAGUCCGAGCUGUGAGCCCCAUACCGCCCAGCCAGCCACAGUCUCUGAAGGAUAGCUCCCCCAGGCUGCGCGCUGCCCAGACUGAAAAAGAGAAAUCCCCUUCUCCCCGGCCACCUCCUGAGCAAACAGCCUAAAAACUCAGCAGGUCCCCACUCUUCCCUCCAAGGCCUGAACCCCUAGAUCACCCAGCUGUGCUCAGUCUUAACCCUCAAAAAGGAGAACAGACAACAGGGAUCAACUGGCCACACCCCUGCAGGGAGGGCCUUGGCUCACCACCUACUGUGGCUCCUAGACACUCAGUGACUUCACCCAUCGUCCAGGCCGGGGGAGCAGGCAGAGGAAUAAUUCUUGAACAAUGACAGUCUUUCUUUCCCCGCUAGGCUCCCAGCCUCCUUCCCACUCCAGAAAAGCACAGCAGCAGAACUCAGCAGACAGACCCUAGAAGGCAGGCUGCCAACACCCAGGAGACCUGGGUCCCAGCAGAGGGUGGACAGGGCAUCUGAAUAUUUCCUUUGAAGCACAAGGUGGCACCGUUGCCAGAUGAUCCCUGACUGGGUUUACAGGACAUGGACUAGAACUAACAGCCAAAUGUACCAAAAGUACAUUUCAGGGUGGGUGCUGGGUGACAUCAGCAAACAUGGCCUCCCAGGCACAUCUGCGCAGCUCUGGAUCCCUGGUCCCUCCUGCUGCAAACACACACAGACCUGCGUGUGCCUGACAAUCUCCAGAGCUCCGUGGCAUGUAACCAGUCCCUCUCACAUCCUGAUCAAGCAUGUGAUGUGGGGAGACAGUCACAGAGAGACGACCGUGUGAGGGAAGCCAGGGUGUGGACCUGCCUCCUACUGACCCAGACCCAGCAGGGACAGCCUCAGCCCCAUUCCCUCCCUGCAAGACACUGGCAGCCUUGCCGGCCAAGCUUUGAGCUGUUCCCCUUGUUAGCACCUGCAUCGCCCUAACAUGGGCUUUUCUGUACUUGUCUGUAUGGAUCAUAAACAUAACUGCAGCUUUAGGGCUAUGAUGGUUAUCGUGCUUGGUCACUGGGAAGCCCCUCCCAGAACCUCUUCCUCUCUUUGACCUAACAAUCCCAAGGCAGUGGCUUAGGAGGCAGCGGUGCAGGACGCAGUGGCAGAGGCGCCGUGGGCUCUCUUGCUAGGGCUCUGCUGGCCCCACGCGUGCCUGCCCCAUGAAGACUGUGAAUGUGGGGGCUUAGAGUGCCAGGGUGCGGCUUUCACUCCCCACACACUCCAGCUGCCACACUGCCUGCCAUACAGCAAUACUUUACUUUUGCACCACCUUUUACUUUCCAAUGCAUGCUUGGCUGAGGAAGUCUCGAGACAGGACUCCCACCUGGCACACACCAGUCGGUGACCCCACUGAUUAGCACAGACCCCAGAGCUGCCCCUCAGCUUUUGCACUGCCUGCCUGCCACCAUAGACCCCAUUUGACGAGGGGCCACCUGCCUCUCUCUGGAAUAGCACACGCACAGGCAGUGCUGGGAAGGAACUGAGCAGGAGCCACAGGAGGGACAGCAUGCCCACACAGAGGGUAUGCCAAGGAACACACUCUGGGGUCUCUGCAGGGGGCUGCUGCCUAUCACUGCCAUGGGAGAUACAGGGGAGAGCUGACUUGUCCUCAGUGGGGAAAUUUGCAGCUCAUUGUGGGAUGCUGGUGAAAGCCAAGGGAAGCUGGCACACGGGCAGCUGAGGACAGAAAGGCAGAGGUCUCAGGUUGUCUGGACACACAUGUCAAUAGGGCUUUGGACUCUGUCUGCAAGGGCAGCCAGGAGGGCCGAGCACAGAGCCCCAGAUGCCCACAUGGAGAGAUGAAGGAGGAAUGGGAGCUGGAAGAAGAGAGUGGGUGGGUGCUGCCAUGAGGCUAGAGGAACCCCCAAGAGCUCAGGGGCCUGGGUGCCAGGAGAGGGGGUGUUUCUGCAUCUCGGCAGCUGCACUGAGAGCUGCUAAAAGGUCGAGGAGAGGUCUGGGUCUCCAAGCAGAUUGAGCAGGAGCACAGGAAGGAGUCAGCAGGUGCGCUGGGAGGCCCAAGGUGUAAGGAGCCUCAGAUCCCCAGCCCAGCCCUCUAGAAAGGGACGAAAAGUAGAGAAAAGGGAGCAUUCCACAGACAGAGGAGGGGCUGCAGAUGCCAGGGUAGGGUCCCCAAAGCUUGUGCCCCAGGGUGGGGGAGUGAGGCCACCCACUAUGAGGAGACAGUGGUGAGGGAGGGCCAACUCCCUGAGUGCCAUGAAAUCUGUGGCCCUGAAUUCGGGCAACCUGGUUGAGUGACUCCCUCCAGGACACUCAGCCUGUGGGUACAGGCAGGGGAGGUGGCCAGGACAAGUCAGCAGGUGGGGUGAUUGGGGGGAUUUCCAAUAGUUCCCCCGGAGGCUGUCAGCAGGGAGCACUUAGAGCCCGGGGGUCCUUACUGAGCAGCCCCAGCCCAGUCCUCACCCAUAAACUGGGGCUGUGCUGUCACCAUGCAAGGAGUGGCCAGUUGGCAGCCACAUCAGUACAGGCAGUAGAGCCUGGAGUGUGCCUGGCCCUCCACAGGUGCCACCUGCACUGAGGGGCCCUCCUCCCUGCCCAGCACAGCCA